CGUGAAUGACGUCAUCAACGUUAUAAAAAAUGGAACGCAGCUCACGUACGUUGCAGUUGGUCAGUUGAAGUCGGAGGACGACAAGAGGACUUUUUAUUGCUCGAGAACUAUGGAGAACGGCAAAGUGGAAAACCGCGUCGCAGAACCUAUCGACAGCACCACUCACUUGGACUGUAAUCUGAACUCUGAUAAAGAAAACAUGGAGGACACGGUGGAGUUCAGACUCAUGAUGGCGUACGCUCAGAGGCGGCGGCCAGCGAAAGCCAACACACCCAAAGCAAACGGCUCGGCUGCAGAACAAACGCUGACUCAGACAUCUGGAAAGACUGAAAACAAGGAGGAGGAGGUGGAGGAGAAGAAGAAGAAAAAGAAGAUAUGGAGGCAUCUGAAAGUGAUUUUCAAGUGUGUUCAGCCUCAGACAGUGGAGCCAGAAUCACCACAGGAUGAUGACCUCAACGGCCCCAUGUACCGACACUUUGUUCCUGAAGACAAAGAAGAUGAGCAUCACGCUGAAGAUCAGGAUGCGAUGGAGGAAGUGGCGGACCGAGUGAUCGGGAUUGCCGAUGAAUUUGAUUUCACUCCCGAAAUGGAUCCGUGCAUCGAGUCCGAUGCAAGGGAAGAUGAUGUGGAGAAGAUGAUUGGUCUGUUGCUGAGGGACCAAGGCGACCGGCUGAACGACGAGUUUGACCUGGCGCACAUUGCUGCAGACCUUUUUUUAGACUACAGCUUCUUCGCGAGGCUUCUCAACAGAUUUCUGAUCAGGAUCGGCUUCAGGAGACCGGACUCUGACGCCUUAGGACCCCAAGCAGCCAACAGAACCCAAAUUGCUGCCGCCCUAGAGAUAACAAGUCGUCUCACCUCUGUCAAGGCAUUGCCCAAAGUCAAGUUAUAUAAACAUGGAGCUCGAUAUUUGCAGGAAUAUUAUUCAUCGUGGGCUCAAACGCAGGGCGGAUACGAGGCAGUGUUUCCUGAUGAAGAGGAAGUUGACUGAUUAGGAAGUUGAUUAUUCAUUACAAGAACAACAACAACAACAAAAAAAUGUUAAAAUGGAAGAGAAUCACUCAGGACCUUCAUCUGUUUACAAGGAGCAGUUUUCUCUCUGCUUGGACUAAAGUUAAAGAGGAAAUUAUUUUCACAUCAAUUUAAUGGAAAACAUUUAUUAUACAGACUGCCAUCAACAAAAAUUAAUUUAUUCAAUUAUGUAAAACGUAUGUCUCAUUAACGCACUUGCACUUUUAUACAAAAUAAGAAAUUCUUUAAGUUUUUAUGUUAAUGUUAUUUUGUUACCAAUAAGUGUAAGCAUUAAAUUAUAUUUUUGAAUAAAAACUUUUUGUGGGCAAUA